UACUACGCUGAAUCCCAUGGAGUCAUCUAUGUGAUAGAUUCAACUGAUGAAGAGCGUCUGUCAGAAUCAAAGGAGGCCUUUGAGAAAAUGAUCAGCAGUGAGGCACUGGAAGGCGUUCCGCUCCUUGUGCUGGCUAAUAAGCAAGAUGUACCGAACUGUUUGUCGGUGCCCGACAUUAAAACAACCUUCAGUGACUGUGCUCCAAAGAUUGGCAAGAGAGACUGUUUAGUCCAGCCUUGCACUGCUCUCACAGGGGACGGGGUGAACGAAGGCAUUGAGUGGAUGGUGAAGUGUGUGGUCAGAAACAUUCACCGGCCACCGAGACAGAAGGACAUCACAUAAGAUGUUUGUCAUCUUUCCACUGUGAUUUUGGACGAAUUUCUCCUUGAGGACAUUCCAUAUGUUAAGCCCUGGAGCUGAUAACUCUCACCUUGUGUUUCCUGUGACUCUUUGGAUUUCUGCUUUUUGGACUUCAUCAUAAUGUUUUUAUCCACAAACAUAGAUUCAGAUGUACUGUGAGCAGACGUCUGCCUGUUUGUGCCUACACUUUUUGAAGGUGUGUCGUUUACUUUUGCUGGGAUCAGUGCUGCAGCGUCUAUAUGGAGCACUUUGAGUGCACAGGAACACUGACACAUUAAAUAUACAAGCAUUGAUGGGCGCUAUUUUUUCACACUAUCAGAUUCAAUAAACAAUGAUCCGUGUUUUUUUGAUGAACUUAACGAUACUGCAGUAUUCCAUCAUUAGAACCUUUAACAUAUAAACAGUUUACAUUUAGCUAGGUUGGUCUCUCUUUUUUGUCAUUAGGCAUAAGACAGGAAUUAUUAGUUAUUGAUCCGUGCUGUCCUUACACAAUUUUCAGCAUUUGGAAAGAGUCACUGUAAAGUUAGCAUCCACUUCUGACAUUAGGAAUUUAGGAAUUGGCUUUUUAUGAACAAUUCCUAAUCCUCCGCUGGUGAUGUGCCUGUAUCACAGUUAAAAACAGAGCUGUACUAUACUAGUAUUGCCCAGUUGGUUCCCACAGGUAAACUUUGAAAUAUCAUUAGCUGUAACCUUAGUCUUUCAUCCUGUGGUUCAAUUCCAGCUGUUUCAAUUUCAGAGUUAUUUGUUGCAACUAACUUGACCAAUAGAGAUAAUAAUGAGUCAAAUAAGUGCACAAACCAAUCCUACCACAAAUAUGAAUCUUUUGCAAACACUAUUGCUCUUCCAGUACAAAUGUGUAUCGGUGUAGUCAGUUUGAUAAAGAGAAUUACAUGAAUGAUAAACUCUUCACAGUUACCACAUCACGGCCCAGUUGUCAAAUGACGGAAGAGUUUGGACAGACAUUUCUUUGGGAAAAAUGUUCCUGCUGAAAGACUUUCAAAGACUUCGAGAAGCUGACCACGCACUUCUCUGUGCUGUUUGUUCUUCUGGUCCCUGCUUUAUGUGUUGAUUUCAUACCAUAACUAUCAUUUAUUUAAGUUAGACAAACAUGUUCAAAUUGUUCAGGUGCCACUUUAACUGUGAUCAUGGGAUUUUUAAAUCUUUGCAUGCAUUAUUUUUUUUUUUAUCACUAUGCAUUUAGAUUCCCAUGACUAUUAAAAAGAAGAAUUCUUGAUGAAUAAAUGGGGACAAAGAA